AGACUUGUCUUGUCUUGCGGGAUCUUUUCCGGCACAAAUCCACUCAUUGGAACGAUAGUCUGACAUUUAGGAACUGGUUUCGAAUGAGCACUUUGUGAAAGUCGUUCGCCAUCGUUGUAACAAAGUUGUCAGGCAGGUACAAAUUGCCCUGGGCGUCGACUGUCCAUUGAGCAUCCAUCCAAUUUUCCUGUUUUUUUUUUUUUUUUGUUCUUUUCUUGUUCACUGGCUGCUGAGCUUUUCCAGUCUUGCUAGCUAGCGUUAGCCGAGCGCUGGAGUGAUCGUUAAAAUGUCGGGUUACCAAGGGAAAAAGAACAUUCCUCGAAUCACUAGUGACCGUCUCCUCAUAAAAGGAGCAAAGAUCGUGAAUGAUGAUCAGUCUUUCAUGGCUGAUAUCUACAUGGAGGAUGGAGUCAUCAAGCAAAUAGGUGACAACCUAAUUGUCCCUGGGGGAGUUAAGAUCAUAGAGGCUCAUGGAAGAAUGGUGAUGCCUGGAGGCAUCGACGUGCACACCCGAUUCCAGAUGCCUGAUAGAGGCAUGGUGGCAGCGGAUGACUUCUACCAGGGCACCAGGGCAGCUCUGGCGGGGGGCACCACCAUGAUCAUUGACCACGUGGUGCCAGAGCCUGGCAUAGGCUUGGUUGCAGCUUUCAAGCAGUGGAGAGAAUUGGUUGACAGCAAAUCCUGUUGUGACUACUCUCUCCAUGUGGACAUCACCGACUGGAAAAAAGGCACUCAGGAGGAGAUGGAGACCUUGGUGAAGGAACACGGUGUCAACUCUUUCCUGGUCUAUUUGGCCUAUAAGGAUGUUUUUCAACUUUCUGACUCUCAGAUUUACGAGGUGUUCAGCGUCAUCAGAGACCUCGGUGCCAUCGCUCAAGUGCAUGCUGAGAAUGGUGACAUCAUUGCUGAGGAGCAAAGACGUAUUCUCGAGCUGGGUAUAACUGGGCCUGAAGGUCAUGUACUCAGCCGCCCAGAAGAGGUGGAGGCAGAGGCAGUCAAUCGCUCUAUCACCAUAGCCAAUCAGACAAAUUGUCCUGUCUACAUCACCAAGGUGAUGAGCAAGAGUGCCGCCGAUGUCAUCGCUCUGGCCAGGAAAAAGGGUUCUGUUGUUUUCGGAGAGCCCAUCUCAGCCAGCUUGGGCACAGACGGCACCCAUUAUUGGAGCAAGAACUGGGCCAAGGCUGCGACCUACGUCACUUCUCCACCACUCAGUCCGGAUCCCACCACCCCUGAUUACCUCAGCUCUCUGUUGUCAUGUGGGGAUUUACAGGUGACAGGUAGCGCUCACUGCACUUUCCAGACAUCGCAGCGCGCAGUAGGCAAAGACAACUUCACCCUAAUCCCGGAGGGCACCAAUGGCACCGAAGAGAGGAUGUCCCUAAUCUGGGACAAAUGUGUGGUGAGUGGAAAGAUGGAUGAGAAUCAGUUUGUGGCAGUGACCAGCACGAAUGCCGCCAAGAUCUUCAACCUCUUUCCUCGCAAGGGCCGCAUUGCUGUGGGCUCUGACGCUGACCUCGUUCUGUGGGACCCAGAUGUCACCAAGAUCAUCUCAGCCAAGAACCACAACUCGGCUGUAGAGUACAACAUCUUUGAGGGCACAGAGGUGCGCGGUGGUCCUCUGGUGGUGAUCAGCCAAGGUAAAGUUGUGUUGGAAGAGGGCAGCCUUCACACGACAGAGGGCUGCGGGCGCUACAUCAGCCGUAAAGCCUUUCCGGACCACGUGUACAAGAAGAUAAAAGCUCGCAGCCGGCUGACAGAGUUGCGUGGAGUCCCCCGGGGUCAGUAUGAUGGGCCCGUGUGCGAGGUGAUUCUUACUCCCAAGGUUCUGACCUCGGUCUCUGCAGUGAAGACCUCUCCUACCAAGCAGCAACAGCAACAACAAUUUAUUCAGCAGCCGGUGCGCAACCUCCACCAGUCGGGCUUCAGUCUGUCAGGUGCCCAAAUUGAUGACAGCGUUCCACGCCGUAACACCCAGCGCAUCGUGGCUCCCCCUGGAGGAAAAGCCAACAUCACCAGCCUCGGCUAAGGUGUUUUAUACAGGUACAUCUCGAUGAAUUAGAAUAUAUUUAUUCGAAUUUACUGAAAUGAGAUGCCUACAAUCAAUUGUGCAACUGAUGCCUGCAGGUGACUAUCGACGUGAUUUAUUAGCUGGAAAAUACAAUAAGGACAGAGCCUGAAGCCUCACACAGUUGCACUACAAAUUUGAGAACAACAAAUCACAUCUAUAGCCAUCUGCAGGUUUCUGUUGCACACUUUAUUUAGGUAUGUCCUGUCAAUAAAUCUGAAAAAAAUGUAUUCUAAUUUACUGAUAUGUACCGCUUCCUGUAAUUGCACCAAGGUGCAGGGGGGCAUAGGACUGGCGGUCUGUCACUCCUGACUUGCCGUGCACCACACACUUCUGUUGUCUCUCUCUAUUUUGCUGUAUUUAACAAAAAGGAAAGCACUACUUAAUUUAAUUUCAUCUGAUAGGGAAGAUUCCAGGGAAUUGAAACUGUUGCUAGAUGUUUAACCUUUUACCACAGUUGUUGUUGUUAAAACACGAAUGGAGACUUUUUUUUUCCUGUCGUUUAAUUUUGCUGUUCACCUCGCUCUUCCUUUUGUGUUAUAGUUGCACUUCCCAUUUUUAAAUACUGUUUUGAAUCAUGUAUUAAUGCAGCGAAUGAACUGAAAGAUAAAUGAAUGGUAUUUAAGGGUUACCUUUCAAUUUGGGAGCCACGCAGAAUUUGACGUCUUUUCCACUCACCUGUUAAUGUUUCCUCAAACUUGUAAUAAUGUGUCUGCUGAACACUUUUGAGGAGACAGACGCUGCAAAGUCGGAGGCGAGGUUUGCAGAAAGGUUCUCUGCAUCUGGUGCUAUAUGAGCAAUGCUAAAGUGUAUAUGUGCAGAUAAUAUGUUAACUGUUCCCGCGUCGAUCAUCCUACAGUUGUCGUUGCUUCCCGGGGACCGAUUUAGCCACUUAGUGACACAAAUUUCUUUUGCACCUGUACCAAUCCAAAUGAUACCCAUGUAUGUGAGCUUGCAAGUUUUUGUGUGUGUGGGUUUUUUAUGUUUUAAAGGUUAUAUGUUGAAUUGAAAUAGUCCCCUGCUUGUUCUGUAUGAUAUUGCUAGCACAAUGUAUCUAUGAAGGUUCUUGAAACAAGUGAUUUUUGAGACCUGAUGGAACAUUGCAACAUGGAUUGCUAUAUAUUUAGGAGAUCCUUCACUGCGUGGUGAUGAUGUGUCCACUUCUCUUUGUGUUUGUGUUGUGAAACAAGUACCAGAAAUCCAGUUCUCCUUUGUCUUGCCUUCACUUACAGUAUUUAUUGCCACCGGUUUGAGCCGGAGCCACAGCAUGUGGUCAGUAAGUUCUAGAUACAGUCCGUCCCUUCAUUGCCUUGUCAAGUGUACGCCUCUUCUGCCAGGCUAUAAUGUGAAGUUGAUUCCCUUAUUUUGGUAGGGUUCUUGAUGGUCGUUAUUGAGCUGCAUUGUGCAACGCUGGUGUUGUCCCACUUAGUGUGAUAUUCAGUCAUGUAUAUCUUGUAGGAUACCAAAAUUUGACAGGGCACAAAUCAGUGGUCCCUUCUGCAUUUGACCUGGCCUGUGUUGACUUCAGUGGAGUAAAAUAAUAUAAAUAAAGCCUUUGGUAAAGA